AUGAACUCCCCCCUCCUUGGAUUUCUCUCAACUAUUCUUGUCCUUCAACCAUAUUUCAAUGCCGUUGAAGCAGAUUCUUAUCCAUUGCAUCCUCCUGAUGCAGUAGAUAAAUUAGCAACAAAAGGUCUUGCGAAGCUUGCCGCAUAUCAAGCCAUGCAUGAUCCGAAUGACACUUGCACGGUUAAGACGGCUAUAAAACGCCGUGAAUGGUAA